GACCGCUGCCGUUAGGCGUCGGUGUAAACCCCCAGUCGUGACGUCACCCAAGCCUUUACUGCAUCGUGGGCGUAACAGCUCACUCAGCUCCGUCAGACCACCAAGGGACAGACCAUAAAGCCUGCCAAAAUGAAUCGCUAUCACCAUCACUGUCACAAUUACAACCACCCAAUAUGCCAUCUCCCAAGACCCUCCUCUCGUUCUAUACAUCCCUAGUUAAAUCCCUCCUCGCUGUAAUCUUUGCUCGCCUCUACAAACCCCAGGAGAUACCGCCCAAAGAUCUCAGAGGCCAGACGGCAAUAGUAACUGGGGCGAAUAGUGGCAUUGGGCUCUCCAUUGCCGUCGCCCUUGCAAAACAGGGCACAGCUGUCUGUCUCGCCUGCCGCAACCCGGAUCGCGGAGCCGCAGCCGUCGAAUAUGUUACCUCCUCUUGCAGCGGCAACUCUCAGGGGAAAGUCACCUGUCGGAUCCUGGAUGUAGGGGACUUGACCAGUGUGCGUUCAUUUUGCGAGAAAUGGGAUGGCGAAAUCGACAUGCUCGUGCAUAAUGCGGGUAUCGCUGAGCCCGCCUCCGGAGGCCCAAUUAUAAGCAAAGAGGGCUUGGAUAUCAUGUACACGACGAACUUCCUAGGGAGUUUCCUAAUGACGCACCUACUCAAGGCGAGGCUGAGUCCGACGGCGCGAGUAGUAUUCACCAGCUCGUCUGGGGCCUACUCCGGGGCAUCGCACUUUCUCCAGGAAUCCAGCAAAUCUUCGCUAGAACAUCGUGCACCCGGUCUACUUGCACGGACAACCACCCGGAUCAAAGACUUCCUAGGCAUCACCGAAAGCUCCGCCCCUACAUACGCCCUGACUAAAGCCCAACAAGUCCUCUUCGCCUCCCUUCUGCAGUCUCACUUUUCCGCCUCGCCCUUCCCUAGACGCACAGCCCACGCUUUCACACCGGGUUUCACGUCGACACCGAUCUUUGGCAAACUGGUUGUCUCGUGGCAGACUUGGUUCUCUAACCCUCUUUUCGCGGCGCUGAAGAUGACGGAGAAGUGGAUUGCGGUGGAUACGGAUGAGGGAGCGAAGACGGGUGUGUGGUUGGCGACUUGGGGGAACGAGCUGGGGAUUGAAGGGAAGGGAGGGGGUUUUUGGGAGUGGAUGGAGUGGAGAACGAGUUUUGUGGAGUUGAUGGGAGAGACGCGUAAAGAGCGGGAGUGGGAUACGUGGGAGAGAGACGCAGGAGCUGUUUGGGACAGAUAAUUGGGGAUGGUCGGAGGGGCGUAACAUUGUCAUCGGUGAGGCUCGAAUCGACAAAACUCAAACAGUCCAGUGAUGCCGAAGUGAUAUCAGCAU